AUGUCGCAAGUAUCCAUACACCGCGGGCCCUACACGGCCAUCCCCGCGGACGCCUCCCCGGGCCUCCUCUUCCUCCGCGCCCUGCUCCCGGAGCUGGACUCGCUGGGCCCCUUCGACGGCACGCCGGAGCUCAUGUCGCUGCUCGCGCCGUCGGCCGUCUUCGUCAUCAACGGCGGCGCGCCCAUGCCCGCGCGCGACGUGCUCCCCAUGUUUGAGCGGCGCGCCGAGACGGUCGCCGAGUUCCGGCACGAGGUGGACGUGGCGUGGGACAUGGCGCGCGGGAACGAUGGCGACGGCGGCGGCGGUGCCAGGACCGUCAUGUACGAGUCGACGAGCGUUACCGUGUUCAAGGACGAUCCGGAAGGCGUCGAGGUGCGCGUUAGGGAGUUUAAUGUGCUGGAGCUGGUGCCCGCGCGGGAAGGAGACGGAGAGGGAGGGGCGGCGGGCUUCAAGGCGGUUGAGUUGAGGGCGUUUCUCGACGGCGCGGCGGUCGCGUCGAGGGCACAGGCCUUGCUGAAGCUCACGGGGAAGUAG